UGAUAUUCUAUUGUCAUGGAUAUACCAGUUUAUUUAUUCAUCCACCUAUUGAAGGACAUCUUGGUUGCUUCCAAGUUUCGUGACUUGUCUUUCUUGACUGCUUUUAAGACCACCUCUUUUUCUUGGUGUUCUCUGGUUUCACAAAACUCUAGGUGGAGGCAGGGAAAGAAGACGUUCCUGUGUGACCCACUGAUCCCCACUCUGUGGCAGACACCCUCCCUCUUGACUCCCUGAUUCUGCUCCUAAGAAAGAUGCUACCUAUUCCGGUCCCAGGGAUGUUUCCUUUGUCGAUGAGACUGUUAGUGCUGCUGCUGCUGCCCCUGAGUCAGGCUGCUCCCAAGGAUGGAACCACGAGGCCGGACCCCGAGGUGCAGCAGCAGCCCCUGCCCAACCCCUUCCAGCCGGGCCAGGAGCAGCUCCGCCUUCUCCAGAGCUACCUAAAGGGACUAAAGAGGAUGGAAGAGGACCCGGAGCACAUGAACCGGGAGCAGGUUCUGCUCUACCUCUUUGCCCUCCAUGACUACGACCAGAGUGGACAGCUGGACGGCCUGGAGCUCUUGUCCAUGCUGACAGCCGCUCUGGCCCCUGGAGCUGCUGACUCUCCUGCCACCAACCCGGUGAUCCUUGUCGUGGACGAGGUCCUCGAGACCCAGGACCUGAACGAGGAUGGACUCAUGACGCCUGCAGAGCUCAUCAACUUUCCAGGAGAGGCCCCAAGGUCCUGGGAGCACAGGCAGCCCCUGGAGCCACGAGAUUUGGGCGGACCACCCCUGUCAGCUAAAAGCCCGCCCAGGCAAGAAGCCCAGGAAGCCCCGAGUCCCAGGGAAGAAGCUGGGGGGCAGGUGGAGGCCAGAAGGGAGGCCCUGGAGCCCGUGCAGGAGGCUGGAGGAAAAGCGCCAGGCCCCCGAGGGGAGGCGGGGGGACAGGCAGAGUCCAGGGACACUGGGAAGGACGCAGAAGAGCUUCCGGGAGAAACACUGGAGUCUAAGGACACCCCAGAUGAGCUUGAGGUUCACGCUGUACAACUGGAGAAUGACGAGAUAUAAACCUUGAGGAUACCGGUUUGUGCCCCUCGGAGUUUCGGUGCCAGAACAUAAGCUCCGAAGGGUGGGGUGUGUAUGUUGGGACAAGGACCACCUCUGUGUCCCCUUCCUGGUCACAUUAAGUGGCAGGUCUUUCUGUGCAGCUCAUGGAGACCCUAAGUUGAGGGGCAGCUUUAGGGCCCAGAUGACCAAUAAAGGACUGAAUAAACCCAUCCCUCUGGGCCAUCUGUCUACUGGCCCAGCCUGGCUCAGACCUCAGGGGGUUGGGGACUGGACAGCCCUCUUGGGGAGCAGGGAUUCAGCUUUCCCAGUGUUCCCAGCUGGUGCUGAGACCCAGCAGAGUAGCGCCUUAGGCCAUAGCCAGCCAUAGACACCCCCAGAAGAGAGCUCAGCCCUCCCUGUCUCCCUGGGGCCCCAACACACUUGUGUCCCCCUCACCCAGUGUUCAGACACCCAGUGCCCCCCUGCAU